AUGAAGAAGGCGCAACGUAUUGGAACUGAUGUCAAAAAAGUCGGUGAUACAAUUGAAAAAUUUGAUACAAAUUAUAAGAAGGUUACUAACUUUAGCGAGGUUGAUGAAGAACACCAGGAUCAUCUUGAUAUAUCCGCCGCAGCCUAUGAUGGAACAACGCCCGAAGGUUAUACAAAACACGAAGAACAUUCUAAUAGUGAAUUCCACGUUUUUGAGAAUGAUGAGACAGGAGAUAUACACAUAGGGUAUAAGGGGACAGAUCCUACUCAUAUAGAUGACUUAAUUGCGGAUGGUCAUUCACUUGGAGGAAAUAUCGCACUCUGGGUGGAAUGGAAUCGUGAUCGCAGUGGUUGUGAAACACAGAACAUGACACAUUAUCAUCUUAAGGAUUUACUGUUUUUCAGAUUUUCUGUGUCCACCUUCGUUUUUAUAAAGUCUGGUCAAUUUGGACACAAAGAGAUUGUAUUUCCGAUUGAGACUUGUAAUAAGGAAUUCGUUGACGGUAAUAAAGUAUCAUGGGUGAAUUAUGCUCAUACAGAUAUUAUAUUUGUUUCAUGUUUACCGCCGUCACCAAUAGAGCAAAUGGGUGUCUUGUUGCAUGUGAGUAUCGCCACGGUCCCAGAUGAAGUCACAGAGAUAGAUGAUGCUCCUGCAAGGAAAAGUGGGCCUAUCCCAGACUCGACCAAGGGGACAUCUGAAUCAAUUACACGGCCCGUGCAAUGGGUCAUAGCGGAUGAGACUAUUGAUGCAGUUGCACUUUCUCGUGGCCAGGGCGAUAGAUUGUGA